CAAAAUGGUUUAUAUAUUACUCAACCCCCUUCAAACGAGUAUUCCUUUUCCUAUAUUGGUUUAGAUCUUUUUGAAUACAAGCAUUUUUAUCCACAGCAUUUUUAUUUUUGCUGAUAAAUAGUUCAGGCUCUCUUACUUCAUUAAAAGCAUCAAUUAGCUGAUUUAUUAACUGCUUACGGAAAGCCUGCUCAUUUUCAUUGCCUAUAUACUUAUCCUCAAGUUUUGAUACUUGCAUUGCAUUGUUAUUGUUAACAUCUUCAUUUUCUACAUUCCAGAUUCCUUAAAACGGAGAAACCUCCCUUAUUUUAAAAACAGAUAUAAAAAGCCAUAUUUAUUUCAACCUUUUUUUGUGAUUUCUUGCCUUUUUUUUAAGUUUACCCUGUUUGUUUACGCUGAUUAUAUCAUACUGUCCUUAGUUCAGUCAUUUCCAUUAUGGGAUUCUCGAGCUUCUUUAGGGCGAUAUAUGUCUUCUUUGUCAGGUUAUUUUUAUGCUUUCCAUCAGAAAAAGACAGUACUACUGAUCGCAUGGAAAGAGGAGAAUUGCGCAAUAAAAGAACAGACGAAUGCCAACCGGAAAGUCCAUCUGAGAUUGCAAUAAAUAACGAUCUUGAAAAUCCAAUAAAGCUGCAUAAUUCCUUUAAGACACGUUAUUCAAAUAUCGAAUCGAAAAUUCCCAGUAUUUGGGAUUCAGGAUCCUCCUCAAGCCCAUCAGACAAUGAUCUUUCAAGGUUUAGAAUAAAGCCAAAUCAAAAACUCCCUCGACCUGCGGCUUCUUUGCUACAAAAGCCAAAACGCGCACAUUGUACAAACAACGCCCACGAAAAGGAUAUCAAUGAAAACGGGCUUACAUAUGAACCUGUUUCCAGAAGACUCACGUAUCAUAUAUCAAAUAAGGAUUGUAAACGUGAGCAUCAUAUAAUGAAAGAUCCCUACAAGUAUGAAAUCGAUUUGGACGAUGUCGAAAAGUUGUUUCCUAUGCCUGCCGGGUUGAAUUCAAGCUAUUCCUAUGCGAAUGAUCACGAAGGGUCCUUUCUUAUUACUAAUCUCCAAAUGGAAGGAAAAACAGCCAACGAUAACUCGCCGAGCCCUCUCACAGAUGACCUGAGCCCGUUGUCAUCAAGUGAAUCUUUACUAUCAGCAUGUUCUGCAGAGCCCUUGGCCAAAGAAGUAGACACUGAGCACCGAAAAGCUUUUUCCGAAAGGACAAAAAUAUCCACUUUCGUGGAUGAUAUCGACUAUUCUAGUGUUGUUGACAACCUUAGUGAUUAUUCAGAUUGCUUUGAUGAAUUCGGCAUUCCCUUAGAGACCCUACCAAAUGAUGUAGAAUCGCGUACCAACUACUCGAAAAUAAAGUCUUCAGCAAGUUUUCCUCCUUUUUUUGGUCAUCAUCAAUCUCGCAAAUCGAAGCCGAAUGAUUAUAGACUCAACAAAGAGAACCUCAGAAAUAUCAACAGAAAUUGUACAAAAAUCGAUCCGAAAGAUUUUUUUUCUGCAUUACAGUUUCAUAAUGCCAAGACCAUCAUAGCUCUAUACAUAGAAUGGCGUCUUAGAUACUGCGAAACAAUGAUGCAGAAAGGGGAAAAAUCGUUAGAGAAGCUAGAAGGAUUAAGAAACUUGCCGCACAAUGUCUUAUGGUUGGGAAAGUUUGGAGAUUCCGAUGUCGAAAAGAAACUAAAUCAAUACGACCGAAGGUGUAUCUCUAAUUCUUUUAUGUUCAGUGUUAUCCAUGGUGAUUCUCGCCGUGUAAAGUCUGAUACCAUAAAACAAGCCAGUAUUCCCGAACUGUUUAGAGAGUCUUUCCAGAGUAUGACAGCAGCUGCUUCAACUUCAAACGCCGAAGCAAAAUCCAACCGAGACUUAAGGAAUCAGUAUCUUAUCAAGAAAUAUAUCCCGAAAGGUGAUUAUGACUUUUUAUACGCAGCCCUUUAUUAUGCUGCAUAUAGACAAGAAUCGAGCCUAAAAACAGUGUCCGUUUUGGAUAUUUUACCCCAGGAUCAAUUGGACGAUUGGUGGUAUGUCAAUUUAAAAAUAACUUCUUUUGUUACACCAAAAAUUUGUUUUAAGUACUUGGACGAAGUAGCCAAGUCUUCCCGAUACAAACUGACGCAUGUCGAAAAGAAACCUUCCAAAGUGAUCAAACAGCCUGUUUUUUAUAAUAUCCUAGCAAAUAAGCCAACAAAGGAGCUGUUUGAAUCUCAUGAAUUAAUUACUAUAACAGAACUACUUUCUCUUGAUGAACCCGAACUACUGAAUGGAGAGGACGGGAUGCAAUAUUACUUAAGCCAAUUUGAGAAGCUGUGCAACGAAAAAAGAAAAGAUUUUCGAUUUUCUCCUGAGGGAAUGUUCGAUUAUGCGUUUCGACAGAAACAUUUGGGUGGAAAUCCGUAUGUACCAUUACCUACUCGUGGUGAACGUUUAGAAAAACGUAAUGUUUAUUACAGUAAGUACUCAAAUCAAAAAAUAUUUAUGUCAAAAACUUUAAAGAGACAUGGGUCUAUAUAUGAAGUUGUUUCUGAUGGAUUAGGAAGAGUAUUUUACGGUGCCGUUCUCGAUUAUGCUAAUACUCGAAAUAAUAUACUAGUUCAUUUGGGACUAGAGCCUAUUGAUUUACCGUCUGAGGAAGAAAUUGAAGAUCACGAGAAGACUUUAGAGCAAUUUCACAACGAGCUCUCACUGAAUCAUUCUGCCGAAUAUAUAUACGAAAUGUGUGGUACGCAUUCGCGUUCUACUAAGCACCAAACGGAGGUAUUAAAGAAGUCUGUCUUAUAUUCAGCAGAUGAAUGGAAAGAACAGAAUCUGCUUAAGCGAAUAAUUUCUCUUAGAAUAUUAGAACCAACCACCAGUGUAACCAAAUUUGAAUACGAACUAUUGCGAACCUUUUACCCGGAUCGGUUGUUUUUAAACCAUAGCAAAUCGGGGAAAACAUUAACACCUACUCAAUACCAUAUGCUGGAUCAAUGGAGGAGAGACUUGUUUUUAUCUAGCUUACCUCUGGUUGAUGAAAAAAGUCGUUUAUUUCCUUACUGGCUGAAGUUGUCGAGCAGUGAGCUAUUUUAUGCGAACGAGCAUGCGGCCAUGAAUAGCCAGAAACCUGAAAACAUUGAUUUGGAUAUAUAUGAACCUUUACCAGAAAAUUCUUUUAUGGUAGCAGCAGAAAUGCGAGUUCUUCGAAAUAUGCGACACAGAGAUGUAGAACGGAUACCGUUUUUGGAUAAAUCUGAAGUCCAAGCAUUGUACCAGUUAUUAAGAAAAAUAAAGAAAUAUUAUAUUGUUGAUGACAGGUCGUGUUCAAUGAGGAUGGAUGACUUUACGACUUUGCUUCAAAGGUACGAGAGCCUUUCUUGUUAUAGAUUUCUACGUGCAGACUAUGAGACACUGCUUGACCACGCUCAUUACAUUUACAACUUCUUUAUGAAAAACGUGGUUAAUGUACCUCCUAAAAUCUUAUAAAAAAUAUUUAUUUUAGUUCCCGCUGGAAUUGUUCUUCCACGGUUGUCUUACAAACCGAAUUACUGUUUUCCUUUCAAAUAGUGCAUACAAAGAUUUUGUUUCUUUGAUUGCUUUUUUCGUCCUUCCUUAUUUAUUGCUUUUUGCCUAAUGAUGACCUAGCUAGAUUAGAAUUGUUGUAGACGAUUCUCCUGUUAUAAUAAUUUAUAUUAAUGAUACAGAGUCAUUGUUGAAAAUGUGUCGUAGCGUGUCCUAGAUAUAUCUUUUUGCACACAGUACCUU